AUGAGGUCCUCUUCUUCUACGGACAGGUUCAGCAUCGCUGCCAGUGCUCAGAAACUUGAUGUCGAUAACCGAAUCGCGCUUCGGUUCUACUACCGCAUCGCCGAUAACAUCCUCCGACAGGCUGACAUCUUUCGUGCAGAGAAGAAUAUUAUUGACCUAUAUGUCAUGCUUUUAAGAUUUUCCAGGGGUCUUCCUUCUGUUUUGUUUGGUUUUAGUUUGGUGUCUGAGACAAUACCACGUCACCGAGAUUAUAGAUCAUCUCCACAAAGGCAGAAAGAAUCAUUGAAAAAGAAAUUGUUAAUUUCUUUGAAUGAACUGGAGAAAUUGAAACCAGUGGUCCAACAGAAGAUCAAUGAGCUUAACAACAGGCUUGCAUACCAACAAAAUGGACGUGGAAAAUUUAAUUCAAAUAAUUCACUGGGUUUUUCUCCCAUGAAUAAGCAAAUUUCGGCUAGUUAUGGCCAAAUAAAGGGCGUCAGACCUACUAUUACUGGGCAGCUUGGUUACCAAGGAUCUAGGACCCAACAGUUCUCUUAUGUCAGGCCUGUGGAAGAGCAUGUACGAAGACUAUCUCUAACUCUUCCACCUCCAAAGGAGGAAACUCUCUCUAGACAUUCUAUCCUUGGUCCCAACGGGUUAAAAGGGCAGUGGAGACCACCUACCACUGAUAAAGAGAUCAGAUAUCCAAGCAACAUAGAUCUGUCGCCUGUUGAAUUACCAAGCGUACUUUCCUUGGAACAUGAAUCUGUGGGUAAGAUAGAUAAUAGCAUCUCAGAACACUAUAAGUCAGAUUUAGAUUCAAUUUUUGCCCAAAGUGUGGAAUCUCAGCCCCAGCCUCAGCCCCAGCCUCAGCAUGAUCAGGAACCUCCUUCUCUUAUUUCAUUUGAAAUAACAGAAACCUCUCCUCAAAUAGAAGUUAUCAGGCAGCCUUCUCCUCCGCCUGUACUUGCUGAAGUACAAGAUUUGGUUCCUGCAGUGUCACCUUGUGUUCAUGAGGCAGAAUAUAAGACUGAGAUUUUGCCAACAGAUAGUUGUGUUCAUGCCGAGGCUCCUCUACAACUGCACAUUUCAACUGCUUUGAUGGAUAGUUUUAUGAAGCUUGCCAAGUCAAAUACAAAAAAAAAUUUAGAGACUUGUGGCGUCCUUGCUGGUUUGCUUAAAAACAGAAAAUUUUAUAUUACUGCCCUUAUAAUCCCAAAGCAAGAGUCAACAUCAGAUUCUUGUCAGACUACAAAUGAAGAGGAAAUAUUUGAAGUGCAGGAUAAACGAUCCCUUUUUCCCCUUGGGUGGAUUCAUACACAUCCGACACAAUCUUGUUUCAUGUCGUCCAUUGAUCUGCACACCCACUACUCCUAUCAGAUUAUGCUACCAGAAUCUGUUGCGAUAGUCAUGGCGCCAAAAGAUAGUACGAGAAACCAUGGCAUUUUUCGGUUGACCAGCCCUGGUGGAAUGUCUGUGAUCAAACAAUGUGAUCAGCGUGGCUUUCAUCCACACAGUCAGCCUCCAGAUGGUGGUCCUAUUUACAAGACAUGUACAGAUGUAUACAUGAACCCAGAUUUAAAAUUUGAUGUCAUUGAUCUUCGAUGA